UGUUCUUUUUAUCAAGUAAAGGUUGUACAAAGCUAAUUUUUUAUCAAAAUUAUGGUCAUAAAUUAUUUAUAUUAUAUAACUGAUCUUGUUUGAGAUGUGAUGUUGUCAAAUACAUCAAAAUAUUGGCACCAUUAUAUGUGUCUUGCUGUUGAUGUAUUUUAAGUCUCAUUUCCCUUACUCAAUUACCAUACAAUGGCCAAUUUUACCUGCCAUAAAUCUAUGACCUCUAAACCUGAGGGAGCAAUGACAACAAAUAAAAUAUCAGUUUUGACCAGUUUACACAAAUGUGAUGAUCACAUAUCAUCAUUGAAAACCCUGAUACAGAAGAAUUUGAGGGAAAUGAGUAUUCUGCAAGAAAAAAAGAAAAAAUUUGAAGAGAGUAGAGAAAAGUUGUGUGAACAGCAACCCAAGCUUCAGGAACAACUGCAGAAAACAAUUGAAGCAAUUGCAAAAUCUGAAACGGAAUGUUUCAACCUGAAGAAAAAGCUGCCUUACUUGAGCCGUGAAGCUAUUUUGGACAAUAUUAAGCAUUUGGAGUUGCAGCUGAGACUUCACAACUACCGUCCUCGCGAGGAAGAAUUAAUGUUGAAGGAAAUAACAAAAUUGCAGGACUCUGUGCCUCUUUUGGAGGAGUACAGAACUUGUGUACAGCAAAACAGGAAACACCGCAAUGACAGGGUGAAGCUUGUGAGCCAACGCAAUGCUGGCUAUGACACGCUGCAAACCCUCCUGCCCAAGAUUGAUGCUUUGGCUGUCCUAUUGGCAAAAGAACAAAUCAGCCUACAGGAGAAUAGAUCCGGUUUAGAAGAGGUUCAGAAACACAAAUUGAGUCUCCUUGAGGUGGCCCAAAGACAACUUGAGAAACGAGAGCGACGUAAAGCUGAUGCAGAACGUAGGAAGUCGAAGAAGCCAGCAUUGAAGCCUGCAUCAGCUGAUCCUGAACCUUUGCCGGUCACUCCUAGAAGACUGGUGGCCAUUGAACGAGACGUGUAUGGACCACAGCUGGAUGCAUGCCAUCGGCUGCUUCCAUAUUGCCGCUCCCUUGUACCUCCUUCAUUGACGAGUGAUCUAGCACCUGAUCAUCCCUCUCUAAGCAGUCAAUGUAAGGAAACAAAGCUCCCCAGUCACUCCAGCAAUUUUUCAUCAUCUCAAGAAGAUGGUAAAUUUUACUCUAAGCCCCAAGAAAUAGAAGAAUUUGCUUCUACACGACCCAAGUCUUUGCAACACUUGAAGAAAAGAGCGCGCAAUAAGAACAAAAUGAAUAUCAAACAUCCUCCAGACGUUAUUGGUCUUUUCAUGGACCUUGGAAUAAAUGUGCCCAGGUAUACAGUCGACAUUCCAGCUGUGCUGGUUGAUAUAGAGCAGAAAUUGAACUAUUUUGAAUUGCUAAAUGAGCAAUUAUAUUUGAAUGCUGUAAAAGCAGCUAAAGCACAUGGUGAUGAAGUAGAUAUUGUUCAUGUAAUAUCGAAUAAAAAUCAAAUUCCCAAGAAAAAGAACAAGCACUUCGUGUCUGGUUUUAUGCAAAACGAGGAGAUUGGUGGACAGAAUGACAAUACAGAUGGCUUCAGGUCUCAUAAAACAUACAAUAUAUAUGAGAGUGAUUUGGAAAUCGAUCCCUUAGAAGCAAAGUCUCCUAUGAGGCUAUAUUCCUCAGUAGCCAAAACGCCUUUGACACCCAUGAUGAAAAGCAGUGAUUCAGAAUUUGAAGGCGGCCAAAAAUCUGAUGUCCAAGACAGUGAUUCCAAUACAAUUCAAGCUGAAACAUUAAAGCCUUCUUCUACAACCGAUCAAAUUGCUAGUUGUUUGGAAUCCCCUCAAGAUUUUGUAACCAAUCAUUCUGAUGAAAAUGGCACGAGAAUCAAGGAAAAUUUCUGCAUAGUUCCCACUAUUGAUUUACCCCAAGACGGCAUUGCAGAUCAUCCAGAACUUGAGGGUCAAGCCCUACCUUCAGCUGUAGCUUGUGUAUCAAAAUCGACUGAACGUAGAACAAUUACAGAAGAAGAUUGUGAAAGUGGUGUGUUUGAGAACGAACCUAAGUGUAAACCAAAUUCUUCCAAGAUUUCUCAUAACGAACAAGACAAGCUAUCCUCAGAUCCAAAUGGAUUUCAGAAAUCUGAAAACAAGACAAGUGGUACUCGAGCUUGUGAAAUUAUAAAUGAAAAUUAUAUUGAUUUCCCUAAUAUAGUGGUGGAUCAAGUGGUUGUGAGCCCUGCUGAGCAUUUCGUCCCAAUUGACCAAUCAUGCAGCAGCGUCAGCAGCUCGUCCAGCGGCUGCUCAUGUGCUGGUAGUUCGAGCAGCGCCUCCACUAAAAGCCUCAGUCCCGCCUUCACUGCACCAAGAGAUCUGUCAUUAAAUACAGACCCAAUUGAGAAACAACUUCCACUCACAAGUGAUCACUUAUUACUUGGUUAUGAUAGUAUUGGAGUGUGUCAUGCCAGUAGCUCCCUUCAAGUAGGAGAUACUGAAGCAUUGAAAAUGCAUCAGCUACAAAGUAAACCCCGUCCAACGUCUUUGGAUCUUUCGUCUUCGCAUAACUCUGUCCAUUGUAACCGUGAGCGAAUAUCUAUUUCAUCCAGCUCAAAAUUAGGCCAAUCCACUAUUUUACCAAAGAAUUUGAAGUCCCCAAGCAAUAAUAGAAAUGUUGACAACAAGAACUCUGAUACCGUUUCUACGAAGGAAACUGAAGCUAUGUCCGGGUUUUGUGCUCUCUCUCCUCUCCAGGCAGCUGCAAUUGGCAGCGUUAGCACCAAUUCUUCUGCUUCGUACGCGUCCAUCACCAGCAAAAAUUUCUGAAAUUAUGCAAGUGUUAUGUACGAAUUCUUAGAAAUCUUUCAAUUGCCAAGGUCACAAAAGUGUGAUUUUUAUGCUAAGUAUACGUAAAAAAUGUCAAGUCAGCUGUUAAUCACUGACAUAACACAAUAAGUUUAGCAGUCAUGGAAGGUACCUGUAUCUUCUCUAAUGUGAUAUGAAUCGCAUACGCUGAAACUGUUACAGUAAUUGAAAGUAAUUUAUUAUGUUAUCCACUUUCCUUAGAUCUUUAUUACCUCUAGACUACUGAACGAAGAGAGCUGGCUACUUCUUUGAAGUAUUAUUUGAUAUAUAUUUACGCAAAUAAAAAUUUUUCAUGCUUCUGUGACAUGUACAUUCUCAUUCAAUUUUUGGAUAAGCUUAAAACGCGAUUCGGUGAAUCUGUGAAAUUACAUCCUAUCUUAAUAACUGAAAUUCACUGCUAUUGUGCUUUAUUUCGGAAAUAUUUUACCAGCUAUUAUGCUUUCACUUCCCACUAUCGCGUUUGGCAUCCUGCGAGCGACCUCAAAUCUUACGAUUUAUGAUCUGAUCUCUGAUUCCCCGAGAA